GCCGGGCCAGGGCGUGGGCUCGGCUCCCGGAAGCGGCAGCCGGGGCGGCCCGGAGGGGCCCUGCGCGCGGGCGGUGGGGCGAUGCUGCUGAAGCUGCUGCAGCGGCAGACCUACACCUGCCUGUCGCACAGGUACGGGCUCUACGUGUGCUUCGUGGGCGUCGUGGUCACCCUCGUGUCCGCGCUGCAGUUCGGAGAGGUGGUGCUUGAGUGGAGCCGGGACCAGUACCAUGUCCUGUUCGACUCGUACAGAGACAAUGUCGCCGGGAGGUCCUUCCAGAGCCGGCUCUGCCUGCCAGUGCCCAUCGAUGUGGUGUACACCUGGGUGAACGGCACAGACCUGGAGCUGCUCAAGGAGCUACAGCAGGUCCGGCAGCAGAUGGAGGAGGAGCAGAAGGCCAUGAGAGAAAUCCUGGGCAAGAACACGACAGAACCCAUGAGGAAGAGCGAGCAGCCGCUGGAGUGCCUGCUGACCCACUGCGUCAAGGUCCCCAUGCUGGUCCUGGACCCCGCGCUGCCGGCCCACAGCUCCCUGAAGGACCUGCCGGCCCUGCACCCCGCCUUGCGCGCGGCCAGUGAUCUCUUCCACGUGGCCAAGCCCAAGAACCCUUCCACCAACGUGUCUGUGGUCGUCUUCGACAGCACGAGGGACGUGGAAGACGCACACGCGGGACUGCUGAGAGGAAGCAGUAAGCAGACGGCCUGGAGGGGCUACCUGACGACCGAUAGAGAAGUGCCCGGGCUGGUGCUGAUGCAGGACCUGGCUUUCCUGAGCGGAUUCCCGCCGACCUUCAAAGAGACGAGUCAGCUGAGAACCAAGCUGCCCGAGAGCCUGGCUGCCAGAAUCCGGCUGCUGCAGCUGUAUUCCGAGGCCAGCGUCGCGCUCCUGCAGCUGCACAACCCCAAGGGCUUCCAGGAGCUGAGCAAGCAGACGAAGAAGAACAUGACCAUCGACGGCAAGGAGCUCACGCUGAGCCCCGCCUACCUGCUGUGGGACCUCAGCACCAUCAGCCAGUCCAAGCAGGAUGAAGACAUCUCCGCCAGCCGCUUCGAGGACAACGAGGAGCUGAGGUACUCGCUGCGCUCCAUCGAGAGGCACGCGCCGUGGGUCCGCAACAUCUUCAUCGUCACCAAUGGCCAGAUCCCGUCCUGGCUGAACCUGGACAACCCUCGCGUGGCCAUCGUCACCCACCAGGAAGUCUUCCGGAACCUGAGCCACCUGCCCAGCUUCAGCUCCCCGGCCAUCGAGAGCCACAUCCACCGCAUCGAGGGGCUGUCACAGAAGUUCAUCUACCUGAACGACGAUGUCAUGUUCGGCAAGGAUGUGUGGCCCGACGACUUCUACAGCCACUCCAAGGGGCAGAAGGUUUACUUGACGUGGCCCGUGCCGAACUGUGCCGAGGGCUGCCCGGGCUCGUGGGUUAAGGACGGCUACUGCGACAAGGCCUGCAACAACUCGGCCUGCGACUGGGAUGGCGGCGACUGCUCGGGCAGCAGCGGAGGCAGCCGCUACGCGGGCGGUGGCGCAGGCGCGGGCAGCGUCGGCGGUGGGCAGCCCUGGCAGUUCGGGGGCGGCCUCAGCAGCAUCUCCUACUGCAACCAGGGCUGCGCCAACUCCUGGCUGGCGGACAAGUUCUGCGACCAGGCCUGCAACGUCCUGGCCUGCGGGUUCGACGCAGGCGACUGUGGCCAAGAUCAUUUUCAUGAGUUGUACAAGGUGAGCCUUCUCCCGAACCGGACUCACUACGCUCUUCCCAAGGGCGAGCGGCUGCCUUACUUCAGCUUUGCAGAAAUCGCCAAAAGAGCCGUGGAGGGCUCCUACGGCGACAGCCCGGUGGUGCGGCACGCGUCCAUCGCCAACAAGUGGAAGACGGUGCACCUGCUGCUGCACGGUGGCAUGAACGCCACCACGCUCUACCUGAACCUCACGCUGCAGAGCGCCACAGACCGGGAGUUCCGGCUGCAGCUGGAGGUCGAGGUGGACACGAGGGAGGGCCUGAGGCCGAACGCCACCACCCAGAGGCCCCCUGAGCCCGGGAGCCCCGCCACGCCUCUCCCCGAGGCCGAGGUCCUUUUUGAGGAUAUUCCUGAAGAGAAGCGCUUCCCCAAGGUCAGGCGGCAUGGAGGAGAUACCGCGGAGCGACCCCAGGAGCCGAGUGUCCCCCGGGCCAACCUCUCCCUACUCCCCCGCGAGGCCCAGGCGCGGCUCAGGCUGCUGGACACGCAGCUGGCGCAGGGCGACAUCACUCUGAAAGGCUAUAAUGCGUCCAAAGCGGCCUUGCUGCGGUCCUUGCUCCUGAGCCUCCCGGAAGCAGCGGUUAGUGCAGCUGCAACAACAGCCAGAGCGAAGGACAAUGUGGAGGCCCUGGAGGAGAAGCUGGCGCGCAGCGUCGGAGGUGUGCAGAAUCCCCGUCGGCCGACCUUUCCAGCAGGGACGGCGCAAGGGGUCAGGCACAGCCCGGACUCCAGUCCACCACUGGUCUCAGGGACCAAAGCACGGUUUAAGUCGGAACCUCAGGCCCCCAGCGUGUUCCUAGAAAAGCCUGCGCCUCCAGACAUUCUGCCAGAAAACCGUGUGAUGGAAGAAAAGAGAGCUGCCCAGGAAGAAGGGGAAAGCCAAAAGGAGGCGCACCCCGAGGACCCCAUAGACACCAAGGGCGUCGUGCCCGGGAGGAAGCUGCACCAGCAUGCCGGAAGUGACCUGGGAUUCCUGCCAUGGGAGAAGAGAAAGUACUUCCAAGAUCUCCUUGAGGAGGAGGCAGCUCUGAAGACCCAGCUGGCCUACCUCACCGACGGCAGCCACACUGGCCGCCAGCUCAAGGACACAUUCGCGGACUCGCUGCGCUAUGUGAACAGAAUCCUCAACAGCAAGUUUGGCUUUGCAUCCCGGAAGGUCCCCGCACACAUGCCGCACAUGAUCGACCGCCUGGUCAUGCAGGAGCUGCAGGACAUGUUCCCCGAGGAGUUCGACAAGACGUCCUUCCACAAGGUGCGCCACUCCGAGGACAUGCAGUUCGCCUUCUCCUACUUCUACUACCUCAUGAGCGCAGUGCGGCCGCUGAACGUAUCCCAGGUCUUCGACGAGGUGGACACGGACCACUCGGGCGUCCUGUCGGACCGCGAGAUCCGCACGCUGGCCACCAGGGUGCACGACCUGCCACUGAGCCUGCAGGAUCUAACUGGUCUGGAACACAUGUUCAUAAAUUGCUCAAAAGUGCUUCCUGCUAACAUCACUCGGCUGCCCAGCGUGCCGCCCACCCAGGAGUCCUACUACGACCCCAACCUGCCCCCGGUGACCAAGAGUCUGGUGACCAACUGUAAGCCGGUGACUGACAAAAUCCACAAGGCCUACAAGGACAAAAACAAGUACAGGUUUGAAAUCAUGGGGGAGGAAGAAAUUGCUUUCAAAAUGAUCCGCACCAACGUUUCUCAUGUGGUUGGCCAGUUGGACGACAUAAGGAAAAAUCCCAGGAAGUUUGUUUGCCUGAACGACAACAUUGACCACACCCACAGAGACGCACAGACGGUGAAGGCCGUGCUUCGGGACUUCUACGAGUCCAUGUUCCCUGUGCCGUCCCAGUUCGAGCUGCCCCGGGAGUACCGGAACCGCUUCCUCCACGUGCACGAGCUGCGGGAGUGGAGGGCUUACCGGGACAAGCUCAAGUUCUGGACCCACUGCGUCCUGGCCACGCUCAUCCUCUUCACCGUGGUCUCAUUUUUUGCUGAGCAGUUAAUCGCUCUUAGGCGGAAGGUACUUCCCAGGAGGAGGGUAUGCCAAGAGGCCAGCCCCGACCGCAUCAAGGUCUAGAGGUCCUGGGUGGGCAGUCAGUCGCCCGCCUCGGCGUCACCGAGAGGGACCCGGGCCUCCGCACCGACGGCAGCUCGAGCUGUCCCGCCACAGGCUGCUGCCCAGCCUGCUCAUAAAGGCGGCCACAAGCUGCCCCUUCCCAGCAGCCCGCGGGGUCUGCGCCUUCCGAAUGCUGCGCUGCCCUGCACCGCCUCUGACUUCCCAUCCCUGCAUCUCGUCUCCCCUGUUCUUGCUUCUGGAAGUAGCAAGCUGGGACGUGUGCGCCCGUUUAUGGGUAUUAUGUAAGCAAUGCGGUACGGUCACCUGGGACUGGCAGGGUCUAAGUCGCCCACCUUGGUAAGGAUGGGCUCAGUCCCUCGUAACUGCCCACACACAGUGGCCGGCAUGGAAGUGUCAGCUUCUUCAGUCCCCAAGAGCAAAUGCUUGAUUUCCCACGCAGGCCGGGUUACCGAGGGCCCCGCCGAGCACUGCCACUUGGAGAUGUGAGGAAUGUUCGGAAGUGUGCACUCUGACAUGGGGCCUCCAGCGCAGCACUGCCUGGGGGCGCCGCCCUGGCCUCCCUCAGUUCAACACUCCACCUCCUCCUCUGCUCUCCCUCCUCCUGCUCCUCCUCCUCCUGCUCCUCUCCCUCCUCCUCCUCUUCUCCUUCCUCCUCUCCCUCCUCUCCCCCCGCCCCCUAGUGCAGCCUCAGCCGCGUUUUUGUAGUGCGGGGUCAGCAGACCUGUUGGGUAGAAGCCCAGCUAGCUGGUGCAUAAUCGCGGGACACCCGUGACCCUGUCACACAUUCUUUGUUUUUCAUUCGCAUCUUCUAAACAGCCCUUUAACAUUGCAGAGCCCGCGUGUAGCUUGCAGGGAAACAAAUGGGACUCUGGCUGGAUGGGACCCGCAGGCCCGGCGCUGACCCCUGAUGUGCAGCUGUGUGGCCCAGGUCACCACAGUGGCUCUGGCGACCCAGGUCCUUCCUGAGGUCGGCAGCUGUUUUAGACCUCAGUCCCACCAGUGUUACUGCACAGCAGCACACAGAUUUUGUGAAAAGAACUCAAAGUGUAAAACUGUGUUUGUGCUGUUUUCCAAAAUUGAAGUCUCAUAACAAAUUGAA